GAUUUUUGUUUGUUUGCGUCUGUCAUUUUUGUAUUUCUUGUCUUUUGUAUUUCGCCUCAUCCAAAAAAACAAGACAUUUUCCAUUCGACUUGUUAAAAAAUAAAAUAAAAAGCAAAUGGCCAACCAAUCCGCCAAACGAAUCACUCAGGAAAAUGCCGCGCGCCUAGCCAUUCUCUCCAAGCUGCUCCUGGGCAUCAAUGGCUUCUAUCUUUUUGUCCGGAUAGUUCUCCAGUACAAAAGCCUCACCUGGUCCGAAGCCAUCAUGUACCUCGGCUCAGUCGCCCUGGAGGUGUUCCUAUACACAAAUCUCCAGCAUGUAUCCCGGCCACGGUACGAUCCCGGAGGCGUCCUCAUUGACUCUGGCACGGACCUGAGCCAGCCCGGCUUGGUCUCGUAUAUGUUCGACUAUAUUUACAUCUCGUGGUUCGUGCAUUUGCUCAGUUUGGCGACUCGUUGGGCGUGGUCCUUGUAUUUGGCCAUCCCCGUGUACUUGGGCUAUAUGCUUUUCCCCUAUAUCCGCCAGUUCCUGGGCAGCUCAUUGGGCCAGCAGGGCGGGAAACCCGAGGAGAAGGCGUCAGAGGAAGAUGCGGCAAAGGAGAAGAAGCGGAAAGAGAAGAAGGAGCGCAAACAACAGCGCGUCAAGUACUCUCGUUAACGCAGUAUUUUUUAUCAUGCUUUUCUUUUUUUACAAGUAUGCAGAGCAAAAUAAAAAGUUACAU